UUACAUAUCAUUGCAGAUUUCCACGAACUGUCACAAUGGAAAAAAGUAUAUCACAAGAUGGGAAGGAGAUUUAUUUAUCUUUCAACGAAGUCCCAAUCGAUUAUUUCGACUCUUCAGGUACUUUUAAGAUGUGGAAAUCGAUUUACAUUUGCCAAUCUAUCCGUUAUUUUGGACUGCAGGACCUGUGGAUGCGAAUCAAAGGGAGCGUACAUGCCGUAAAAACGCAGAAAUUGCACGUCUACCCUAUUUUGUAUUCUGAUGUUAAAGUCGGUACUAAGUUAAGGGGCGUUUUCAGCAUCUUGUCCAUCGGAAGGACAUCGAUUUGUAUGAGGCAAGAUGUUCUUUUAGCAGACAACGGCCAGAUAGUAUGUAGAUGCGACACCCUUAUGGUGCAUAUUGACAAGAAAACCAGAAAACCAUCACCAUUAUUAACCGAACAUUUGGUCUCACUUAGACCAAUGCUGAAAGACAGACAACAAACAUUCAUGAGUAAAUUUAACGCUAUACCGACUGUGCCACAGUAUGUGUAUUCGUUUGUAGCACCUUUCAGUGACGAGGACGUUAAUCUCCAUAUAAACCAUUCAAAUUAUAUUAAAUAUUGCAUGGAUUGCGCAUCAUUCGGGGCCCGGGACCAUGCAUACCCUACUUUUACUAGUGAACUGUCAGUGUAUAAUGUUCGGUCAAUAUCAGUAAUUUAUGUUAGUGAAGCUAUAGCGGGGAAUAAAUUAAAAGUAGUAUCUUGGAUCGAUGACAGUGAACAUGACACUAUUCGUUUUGUGAUCUCAAAUGAAGAAAGAGAUGUUUUUCAUUGUAUCAUCAGGUUUAGAAAAUUAGAAGGUUCUAAAUUGUAA